CAUAAAUUGUUUUAUCUUUUUUCUUUCUUCCUUUCUCGUCAACAGGCAAGUCUUUGACCAUGGCUUCUUCUGCUACUGCGGUUCCCAUCGAAUCGAUCUCAUUGACAAAUCCCAGAAAUCUGCUUCCCUUUCAUCAAUCCAAUCAAAGAUCUGUUAUGGGUUUCUCCAGAUCCUUACAGAGCAUCGGGAUCUCAUCCAACGGUCCGUAUUUCUCCGCUCGAUCAAGAUCCAUUUCCAGGAACUCGACUUCCAUCAGAGCCUUCAGUAGCGAUGAAUCCACGCCACCUAAAGUUCAAGAACUCCAUGUGUACGAGCUCAACGAGGGAGACCGAAACAGCCCGGCGGUCCUGAAACUCGGGAAGAAACAGGAGCUCUGCCUCGGCGAUCUGAUCCCCUUCACCAACAAGCUCUACUCCGGCGAUCUCACCAAGCGCGUGGGAAUCACCGCCGGUCUCUGCGUCCUAAUCCAGCACGUGCCCGAAAAGAACGGCGACCGAUUUGAAGCCACCUACAGCUUUUACUUCGGCGACUACGGCCACUUGUCCGUACAGGGACCGUACCUGACGUACGAGGACACGCACUUGGCCAUCACUGGCGGAUCCGGCAUCUUCGAGGGAGCGUACGGACAGGUCAAGCUUCGCCAACUGGUGUAUCCGACCAAGCUUUUCUACACUUUUUAUUUGAAGGGCAUCAAAGAUUUGCCGGCUGAGCUCACCGGAAAACCGGUCGAGCCCUCGCCGGACGUGAAGCCGUCGCCCGAGGCUCUGGCGGCGGAGCCCAGCGGAAGCAUCCGUAACUUCACUGAUUAAAUUAGAAACCAAAUAAAUCUUGUCUGUUUCUCUCGCGUGUUUUAAUUCCUAGUUUCUUGUAUGGGUUUCUUGAGGAGUUGUAUAAUAUUUAUGUGAUUGAGAUUUUCUCGGAAUCAAAUAAAUGUUCUUUAUUGGUUA